GAUGGUCCCAGUGAGGACAGCUAACCGGGAGGAACGGCCCGCUGGAGGAUCCACCAGCCUCUCUACCGGACUCAGGACCAGCCUCUCUACCGGACUCAGGACCAGCCUCUCUACCGGACUCAGGACCAGCCUCUCUACCGGACUCAGGACCAGCCUCUCUACCGGACUCAGGACCAGCCUCUCUACCGGACUCAGGACCAGCCUCUCUACCGGACUCAGGACCAGCCUCUCUACCGGACUCAGGACCAGCCUCUCUACCGGACUCAGGACCAGCCUCUCUACCGGACUCAGGACCAGCCUCUCUACCGGACUCAGGACCAGCCUCCCGGUGAACCGGUGAACCGGCAGAGCUUCGGUCAUGCAGGCGGCUCAGCUUCAAUACGACUUCUUCAACGAGGAGAAUGGACCGAAGUGGAGAGGACUGCUGGUGUCCUCCCUGGAGAAGGUGCUGAACCAGGUGCAUCCUAACCUGGUGUCCCAGCAGGAGGCGCUGCAGUACAUCGAGGAGCUGAUCCUGCUGCUGCUCAGCAUGCUGUGUCAGGCUCAACCACGCACUGUACAGGAUGUGGAGGAGCGAGUCCAGAAGAGUUUUCCUCACCCGAUCGAUAAGUGGGCGAUCGCUGACGCUCAGGCCGCCAUCGAGAAGAGGAAGAGGAGGAACCCGCUGGCUCUGCCUGUUGACAAGAUCCACCCACUGCUGAAGGAGGUGCUGGGCUAUAAGAUCGACCACCAGGUGUCGGUCUACAUGGUGGCGGUGUUGGAGUACAUCUCCGCCGACAUCCUGAAGCUGGCGGGAAACUACGUGAGGAACAUCCGACACUACGAGAUCUCCCAGCAGGACAUCACUGUGGCCAUGUGUGCUGACAAGGUGCUGAUGGACAUGUUCCACCAGGACGAGGAGGACAUCGGCGGCUUCCCUCUGAUGGACGAGGAGCCGUCGGCCAAUGAGGAGCAGAGUUAUUACGAGCUGGUGAGGAGCUUCAUGUCUGACGGGCGACAGUUCCUGAGAACGCUCAACCUGCUCAUCAAGGUGUUCAGAGAGCCCUUCACCUCCAGCCUCAUGCUCUUCUCCCAGCACGAUGUGGACAGCAUCUUCAGUCGGAUCGUUGAUAUCCACGAGGUGACGGUGAAGCUGUUGGGUCUGAUCGAGGACACGGUGGAGAUGACCGACGAAGGCAGUCCUCAUCCUCUGGUGGGAAGCUGCUUCGAAGACCUGGCUGAGGAGUUGGCCUUUGACCCCUAUGAGACGUACGCUCAGGACACCCUGCGCUCCGGUUUCCAUGAACACUUCCUGAGUCAAGUGUCCAAACCAGGAGCCGCCUUCCACCUCCAGUCCAUCUGUGAAGGGUUCAAAGAGGCUGUUCAGUACGUUCUGCCCAGACUGCUGCUGACUCCUGUUUACCACUGUCUGCACCUGUUCGAGAUCCUCAAGCAACUAGAGGAGAAGAGUGAGGAAGAGGAGGAUAAAGAGUGUCUGAAGCAGGCCAUCACAGCUCUGCUCAACCUGCAGAGCAGCAUGGAGAGGAUCUGCUCCCGCAGCCUCGCCAAGAGGAGGCUCAGUGAGUCGGCGUGCCGGUUCUACAGCCAUCAGAUGAAGGGGAAGCACGUCGCCAUCAAGAAGAUGAACGAGAUCCAGAAGAACAUCGACGGCUGGGAGGGGAAGGACAUCGGCCAGUGCUGCAACGAGUUCAUCAUGGAGGGCACGCUGACCCGCGUGGGCGCCAAACACGAGCGCCACAUCUUCCUGUUCGACGGCCUGAUGAUCUGUUGCAAGUCCAACCAUGGCCCGCCGCGGCUGCCCGGCGCCGGCUCCGCCGCGGAGUACCGGUUGAAAGAAAAGUUCUUCAUGCGCAAAGUCCAAAUCAACGACAAGGACGACAAGGAGGGCGAGUACCGGCACGCCUUCGAGAUCAUCCUGAAGGACGGGAACAGCGUGGUGUUCGCUGCCAAGUCUGCGGAGGAGAAGAACGGCUGGAUGGCGGCGCUGAUCUCGCUGCAGUACCGCAGCACGCUGGAGCGCAUGCUGGACUCGGCCAUGCUGCGGGAGGAAAAGGAGGAGCAGAUGAGGCUGCCGGGCGCCGAGCUGUACCGCUUCGCCGAGCCGGACUCUGACGAGAACGUCGUGUUCGAGGAGAACGUCCAGUCCAAGUCCGGCAUCCCCGUCGUCAAGGCAGGGACGGUCCUGAAGCUAAUCGAGAGGCUCACCUUCCACAUGUACGCAGAUCCGAACUUCGUCCGGACCUUCCUGACCACCUACCGGUCCUUCUGUAGACCUCAGGAGCUGCUGGACCUGCUGAUGGAGAGGUUCGAGAUCCCGGAGCCGAGGCCCAGCGAGGUGGAUCAGAUGGAGGGAGGAGAGCAGCCGCUCAGCGCAGAACUCAAACGCUUCCGUAAAGAGUUUGUUCAGCCGGUCCAACUCAGAGUGUUGAAUGUGUGUCGGCACUGGGUGGAGCAUCACUUCUACGACUUCGAGAGAGACGCUCACCUGCUGAGACAACUGGAGGAGUUCAUCACCUCCGUCAGAGGUAAGGCGAUGAGGAAGUGGGUGGAGUCGAUCACUAAGAUCAUCCAGAGGAAGAAGCAGGUUCAGGUGAGCGCGCCCAGUCACAGCAUCACCUUCCAGAACUCUCCUCCUCCCAUCGAGUGGCACACCUGUAAACCAGGAAACAGCGAGCUGUUUGACCUCAUGACGCUGCACCCAAUCGAGAUCGGUCGGCAGCUCACCCUGCUGGAGUCUGACUUCUACAGGGCGGUGCAGCCGUCGGAGCUGGUCGGCAGCGUCUGGACCAAAGAGGACAAAGAGCUUCACUCCCCCAACCUGCUGAGGAUGAUCCGCCACACCACUAACCUCACACUGUGGUUGGAGAAGUGUAUCGUAGAAACGGAGAACCUGGAGGAACGAGUCGCCGUCGUGUCUCGGAUCAUCGAGAUCCUGCAGGUCUUUCAGGAACUCAACAAUUUCAACGGUGUUCUGGAGGUCGUCAGCGCCAUGAACUCGUCUCCGGUCUACCGACUGGACCACACCUUCGAGCAGAUUCCCAGUCGCCAGAGGAGAAUCCUGGAGGAAGCUCACGAGCUGAGUGAAGAUCACUACAAGAAGUAUUUAGCCAAACUGCGCUCCAUCAACCCCCCCUGCGUCCCCUUCUUUGGAAUCUACCUGACCAACAUCCUGAAGACGGAGGAGGGGAACCCCGACUUCCUGCGCCGACACAGCAAAGAUCUGAUCAACUUCAGCAAGAGGAGGAAAGUGGCUGAGAUCACAGGAGAGAUCCAACAGUACCAGAACCAACCGUACUGCCUGAGAGUGGAGGCCGACAUCAGGAAGUUCUUCGAGAACCUGAACCCGAUGGAGGAUCUGUCGGAGAAAGACUUCGCUGAUCAUCUCUUCAACAAAUCUCUGGAGAUCGAACCUCGAAACGCCCGAUCGUUACCUCGAUUCGUGAAGAGGUACACUUGUCCUCUGAAGUCUCCGGGGAUCCGUCCGACCUCGGCGAGGCCCGGGACCAUGCGGCACCCGACGCCGCUGCAGAACGAGCCCAGGAAGAUCAGUUACAGCCGCAUCCCGGACAGCGACGCUGAGGGGGGCGCCGUCUCGGCCCCCAACUCCCCCCGCACCCCUCUGACUCCGCCCCCCGCCUCCGCCGCCUCCAGCUCCACUGACGUAGGCAGUGUGUUCGACUCACCGCAGGGUCCCAGCAGCCCCUUCCACUCCAGGUCCUCCUCGGUCUCCUCCAUGGUGAGUUUCAGUCGUGGUUAUGAGGACGUUCCGGUUCUUCCUCCGGUUCCUCCUCCGGUUCCUCCUCGCAGACGUCCAGAGUCGGCUCCUGCUGAGUCGUCCCCCUCAAAGAUGAUGUCACCGUUGGACAGCCCUCCCGCCGUCCCCCCUCGACAGCCCACCUGUAAGCUCCUCCCCCCUCGUUACUCCUCGUCGCUGACAUCAUCGCCCGCCCCCGACAGCCCCCCCUCCCUGCCUCCUCGGGAGCCGGUCAGCUCUCCUCUGCACCUCCUCCCCCCCCCUCAGGGUCGCCCCCGCUGUGACCUGCAGGCCUUCUUCCCCCCCACCACCUCCACCUCCUCGCCCCCCACCGCCUCCUCACCCCCCCUCCCUCCUCUCACCCCCGUCACGCCCAGCCCCACCCCCACCCCCCCCUCCAGGAAGAUGCCCCUCCCCUCUCCGCCCCUCCCCUUUCUCCCCCUGGACGGCCCCCCCGUUCCCCCCGACACAGCGUCCCCAAACUUCCUCCCAAGACCUACAAGAGGGAGUCUCUGAGCCACGCCCCCCUGCUGGACACACCCCCCUCGUUGUGAUUGGACAGCCUGCGGAGGAGGCGGGGCUUAAUGAGCUAACACUACAGCUGAUUGGACAGCCUGCGGAGGAGGCGGGGUUUAAUGAGCUAACACUACAGCUGAUUGGAUCAGAACAAACAGAACAAUGGAUUUAAAGAGAAAACAUCUGAUCGACCAAUCGGAAUGUUCUGAUCAUGUGCCCUUAUUCUGAAAAAAAAACUGAUCACGUGCCCUUAUUCUGAAAAAAAAACUGAUCAUGUGCCCUUAUUCUGAAAAACAAACUGAUCAUGUGCCCUUAUUCUGAAAAACAAACUGAUUGUGGCGUCCAAAUGUAGAACUUUGGAGAAAAUUCGUCUGUGUUGUCAGACCUGAUCGGACCACUUUGUGUUGAACAGAGAGGAUUGUGGGUAACGUAGUGCUUCAGGUACUGGACAGAACUACAGAGGUACUGUAUUGAUCUUUACAACAAGGGAAUAAAGGUGUUUGUACACUGAGCUGGAUGGACGACAGAAACCACCACCA